AUGCCUCCAAGUGAAAAGGGUGAUGCCUCCAAGGAACCUAACGGAAGUAGUUCUGAAAAGGGUGAUGGCUCCAAGGUACCUAACGGAGGUAGUUCUGGAAAGGGUGAUGCCUCCAAGGUACCUAACGGAAGUAGUUCUGAAAAGGGUGAUGGCUCCCACACACCUAAGAGAAACGGUUCUGGACAAGACGAUGGUGACAACUCCAAGGAACCUAAGAAAGACAGACCUGGGGACAAAGAUGAUACAAACAAGCACCAACCGAAGCACCACAAAGGAUGCAAACACCACAUAACGGAUAGUGAACAUCCAAGUGGUGACAAGAAUCACAGUUCUGAAAAGAAUGAUGGCUCCAAGGUACCUAACGGAGGUAGUUCUGAAAAGGGUGAUGCCUCCAAGGUACCUAACGGAGGUAGUUCUGAAAAGGGUGAUGGCUCCAAGGUACCUAACGGAGGUAGUUCUGAAAAGGGUGAUGCCUCCAAGGUACCUAACGGAGGUAGUUCUGAAAAGGGUGAUGGCUCCAAGGUACCUAACGGAGGUAGUUCUGAAAAGGGUGAUGGCUCCAAGGAACCUGAGGAAGGUAGUUCUGGAAAGGGUGAUGGCUCCCACACACCUAAGAGAAACGGUUCUGGACAAGACGAUGGUGACAACUCCAAGGAACCUAAGAAAGACAGACCUGGGGACAAAGAUGAUACAAACAAGCACCAACCGAAGCACCACAAAGGAUGCAAACACCACAUAACGGAUAGUGAACAUCCAAGUGGUGACAAGAAUCACAGUUCUGAAAAGAAUGAUGGCUCCAAUGACCACAAAAAGAAUAGUAAUGAAACUAAAGAUAUCUCAAAUGACGAUACAGACACACAUCCAGUAACUAAUCAUGUAUGUAAACAUCAUCCUCACAAACACAGAGUAAGUAACAUUAAAGUUAUUCCAAAACGUAGACAUCCGCAUAAAAGACAUAGAUGUCAUGCUCACGGUGAACCGUUAUCCGACGAAAAUGUCAGCGAACAGCAAGACACGGGAUCGCACAGCAGUGAACAUAAGAAGGUACAUCAUCCUAGAUGCCAUAGAAAAUGUGAUGGUGUUAACUGUGAAAAAUAUAAGGAUGUAAAUGGUACCGAAGGUAACAACACACACCCUGAUGAUAAUUCUAGUGCAUCAAACAAGAAGCCUGAAGACAGUGCAGAAGGUAGUGGCAAGAAGACCAGCGAAGAAGUAAAUGGAUCUCCGGAACAGAAGAAUAGUGGUGAGAAUCCAAGUAAAGAUACUUCAAGUCCAGAUAUAGAGUCUGAUGAAAAUAGUUCUCUACCGCAUAAGCAUGUUCACAAACGCAGUGCGGAAAAGAAAUGCAAGAAGAGACAUCAUAUUCCACCAUCAUAUUCUGAAGAUGAUUCUUCUAACUCUAGCUCUGAUCAAAUUGACGACACAAGUGAAUCUGUCAGUGCAAAAAAGAAAUGCACGAAAAACCAUCAUCAUCAUAUAAAACCUGAUGACGAUAACACAACUGAACCUGACGAUACUAAAGAUGAUGAUGAUGACGAUGACACAACUGAACCUGACGAUACUGAUGAUGAUAAUGAUACUGAUGAGAGCGAGGACAGUGAUGAUACUAGUGACAGCAGCGAUUCCAGCUCAAGCGACAGUGACAGCUCUGUAUCAGACAGCUCUGAUCAAAGUGACGACAAAAGUGAAUCUGUCAGUGCAAAAAAGAAAUGUACGAAAAACCAUCAUCAUCAUCAUAUAAAACCUGAUGACGAUAACACAACUGAACCUGACGAUACUAAAGAUAAUGAUGAUGACGAUGACACAACUGAACCUGACGAUACUGAUGAUGAUAAUGAUACUGAUGAGAGCGAGGACAGUGAUGAUACUAGUGACAGCAGCGAUUCCAGCUCAAGCGACAGUGACAGCUCUGUAUCAGACAGCUCUGAUCAAAGUGACGACAAAAGUGAAUCUGUCAGUGCAAAAAAGAAAUGUACGAAAAACCAUCAUCAUCAUCAUAUAAAACCUGAUGACGAUAACACAACUGAACCUGACGAUACUAAAGUGAUGAUACUAGUGACAGCAGCGAUUCCAGCUCAAGCGACAGUGAUAAUCUGUAUCAGACAGCUGAUGAAAGUGAUGACACAAGUGAACCUGUCAGUGCAAAAAAGAAAUGACGAUGAACCACAUCAUAUAAAACCUGAUGACGAUAACACAACUGAACCUGACGAUACUGAUGUUGAUAAUGAUGGUGAUGAUGACACAACUAAACCUGACGAUACUGAUGUUGAUAAUGAUGGUGAUGAUGACACAACUAAACCUGAUGAUGAUGAUGGUGAUGUUGACACAACUAAACCUGAUGAUGAUGAUGGUGAUGUUGACACAACUAAACCUGAUGAUGAUGAUGGUGAUGAUGACACAACUAAACCUGAUGAUGAUGAUGGUGAUGAUGACACAACUAAACCUGAUGAUGAUGAUGGUGAUGUUGACACAACUAAACCUGAUGAUGAUGAUGAUGGUGAUGUUGACACAACUAAACCUGAUGAUGAUGAUGGUGAUGUUGACACAACUAAACCUGAUGAUGAUGAUGGUGAUGUUGACACAACUAAACCUGAUGAUGAUGAUGGUGAUGAUGACACAACUAAACCUGAUGAUGAUGAUGGUGAU